AUGGUUGGAACAGAUCUCGACAUGGUGAACAAAGAACCCUCCGAAAGUCAACUGAGGAAAGAGAAAUGUCAUUCCAGAGAGGGAAUUAACCAAGUCAAAACGAGAUCCUCCUAUCGGAAGCAACCUCUGUCCAGUUUUGAUACUUAUGGAAAGCAGGAAUUAGGACAACUACAGAAUGGGAAUGAGACACUUAAAAAAAUGGUUAAAUCUUUCAUAAAGGGAGAUCAAACAGGAUGGGAUCUGAACAUUCCAUUUCUUACUGCCGCGUACAGGGCCAGUGUCCACGAACGCACAGGAAUGACGCCAAACUUAGUAAUGCUAGGAAGGGAAGUUAGGUUACCUGUUUAUUUAGUGUAUAAAGAGGUAUGCGACCUCUUUGGAACCCAGAAUGUUGCCGAAUACCCAGAAGCAUUGCGUUCGAAACUUGUUGGAGCUCAAGGAAUUGCAAGAAAGCACUUGAACAAAGCCUAUGUGAGACAGAAGGAUUACUACAAUCAACUAAAUCGGGAACAGUUCGAUGCCGGCGAUCUUGUUUUGAUUUUAAAUGAAACUCGCAGAGUGGGAGAAACUAAGAAACUACAGCCAUCAUAUGAAGGACCUGUCUUAAUAGUAGAGAAACUUAGCGACCUAAACUACAAAUGA